UUGUGCAUUUUUACAACAAAAAAAAAACAGGAGAAUUAUUUAAAAAGUAAUAUAUUGUAUGGUGUUGUAUAUUAUGCAGAUCCUGUGCUGUCUCGGACUACUUUUUUUGCACAGCCAGACGCCGAAGUGAAAAAAGCGCAUGAUCUGCUGAUUUGUGUCCUUUUCUAGAUUUGUCCAUACUUUCAACAAGCAAGAGCUUAAUUAGAUAUACAAAUAAGCGUGAUCAGUUGAGUGUGGUUUCUUUAGUAUUAGUUAGUUUGGGGGCGAAGCAACACUGAUUAAGCUGAAUCAGAUGAAGUUAUACCCGAAAAUCUCGUACGUCAAGCUUCCAGCCCUUCACGGGGUCCAAAGUCGGCUCUUAUGACGAGAAUUACGUCACCAUCGUCGCGAGCGCUGACGAGCUGCCGCGUCCUCUGAAGUGAAAACCAGCCCUUAAAAGUUUUUAAUGAAAGAAAAAUUACCCCAAAGCUUGGCUCGUCAUGUAAUCCGUAUGGCCGCAUUGUCUGAACCCCUUAGCGUUAAAUAAUGCAGAGGUCCGAGCGGGACCGAGGGGGUGCGGCGUGCGCGUCACGUGAGCGCCGACUGCCCUCCGGAGCGCUGCGGCCGCUUCCCGUUAUCCUGGGGGGGGGACAAUGAGGCGGCGGUAUGGUUAGGGCUCAUUUUCUGCACAGAAAACGUUUAUGUAAGCAAAAGAGCAUGGCCAAGAAUUAACGACGGGGAGACACCGUGGCAGAUGAUGCUUAAAUUAUCUUAAGACAAACCAUGGCCAUAAGGGAACUGAAAGUGUGUCUUCUUGGGGAUACAGGAGUUGGUAAAUCGAGUAUUGUGUGUCGUUUCGUACAAGAUCAUUUUGACCACAAUAUAAGUCCAACAAUAGGCGCAUCUUUUUUGACCAAGACUGUUCCUUGUGGAAAUGAGCUUCACAAGUUUUUGAUUUGGGACACUGCAGGGCAGGAGAGGUUCCACUCCCUGGCCCCUAUGUACUACCGAGGGUCAGCGGCCGCUGUCAUUGUCUAUGACAUCACGAAACUGGACUCCUUUCAGACAUUGAAAAAGUGGGUGAAGGAGUUGAAGGAGCAUGGUCCUGAGGACAUCAUUGUGGCUAUAGCGGGGAACAAGAAUGACCUGAGCGAUAUCAGAGAGGUUCCCAUGAAAGAAGCCAAGGAAUUUGCAGAGUCUAUUGCUGCCAUUUUCAUUGAAACCAGCGCUAGAAAUGCCGUCAAUGUCGAGGAACUCUUUCAGAAAAUCAGUCCCUUCACAGACGUUGUCACCACGAACCUCAAGCUGCGCAACCCUUCAGACAGACGAGUAUGCUUCAAAGUGAAGACGACGGCACCACGCAGGUACUGCGUACGGCCCAACAGCGGCCUCAUCGAGCCUGGUGCCACCAUCACUAUUUCCGUAAUGCUUCAGCCAUUUGACUAUGACCCCAACGAGAAAAGUAAACACAAAUUUAUGGUACAGACCAUUUUUGCACCACCUAAUGUUUCAGACAUGGAAGCCAUGUGGAAGGAUGCGAAACCCGACGACCUCAUGGAUUCCAAGCUGAGAUGCGUCUUCGAGCUGCCUACAGAAAAUGACAAAGCGAAUGACCUUGAUGUGAGCAAGGCCGUACCCAUCCUUAACGCAUCCAAAGAUGGCCCAGCUUCUGCAAAAGCCGGCAGCCUCUCGCUGGACGACUCUGAGCUGAAGAAGCUGAUGGAGGAAUGCAAGCGGCUGCAGUGCGAGGUCGGCAAGCUUGCUGACGAGAACCGGCAGCUGAAGGACGACGGCUUGCGAAUGAGAAAGAGUCCUCGCUCAGAGCUCAUGGCGUCCAGCGCGGGGACCCUGAUGGGCCGGGAGCACGGCAUGGCCUCCAGCUCCCUACCCUCGCUGCUCGUCGUCAUCGCUGCCAUCUUCAUCGGAUUCUUCCUAGGGAAGUUCAUCUUGUAGACGGGGACGCAUGCCCUCCGCCUCCUGUUUUAAGGCCUGGGGAAAAAUAAUAAAAAGAAAAAGAAAAAAAAAAGUCUUUGUUGACCUGCCAUGUCAUUGGUAGUGCGGCCCACAGUGACCACGUUUGUGUACAGCAUCAUAAAGCAGGUCUGGCCUUUAACACGGUUAGUGCCGAGCAGAGGGAGAGGGGGCAGUUUGGGAAUGAGAGUGUCUGCCAGGGGUUUUGUAAAAUCGUACGUGAGCACGAGGAGGUUCGAGGAGCUGAGUAGAGCCUUGUGAAUUAAAGUGCUGUUCUCCUCUGUCGGUUUUAAUAGGAGCUGAGCGGAAUGCUAAGUGUCUUAUACAUGUUAUUUUAAUCCUUUUAAGAAAAGGAAAACCUAUCAGCAACAAAGUCAUUUUGUUACCUGUUUCUGGAAUGUCCUUUUUGUCCGAUUCGUAACUCUCCACCUUCUUGGGAAUGUUGUUCAGACCCGCGGAGUCUCUCCCUCCCUUGUACGUUAAUAUUUCUCUUUCCUGCUGACCCCGAUGCAGGCUCUGUUUGAUAUUAUUAUUAUUAUUAUUAUUAUUAUUAUUAUUUGUAUUUUCUUGGCACAAAUUAUAUAUAUAUAUAUACUUUGUUGACUGAAUUAAGGUCUUCAUUCUUACAAUUCUAUCCCAUGGUAUUUAACACUGAUGGAAAAAAUAAAGAUAAAAUCUUUAUCAUUGUUUUGAAAACCUUUAAAUCCAUCUGGUGUUUCUCCCCAUGGGAAAAUGUUCUGGAAAGUCUGUUGUUUCCAUGGGAGUUUGUUUUCUGUUCGUUUCUCAUUCCUGAAGUGGUUGAAGGUGUUCAGCAUGUUUUUACGGGCCCUCUGGGGGGCAGUGUUUACCAUGCACCUGCACCUGUUUCAUUAGGUCUCGAGUACAGUGUGGUUACGUGUGUGCAAAAGGGAAAGUUGUCAUUUUUCAGCAAGACUUCGGUCCUCUUCAGUUGUUCCUGGUUGAAGGUUGGUUUCCCAUCUCUGGAGUGCUUCACUGAAAAGGCUGAUUUUGACCCCUUUCAUUGCUUUUAAGGCCAGUAGAGGACGCUGACCUGAGGUACUGUCGAUUGUAACGUACAAUUAUAGGUGGUUGGCUUUCAUUCAAGGAUCUUGAAAUGGAAAAGUUUCUCUGGUGUUGCGGGGAUGUUUAAUGAAUGAGCUGACGAGCUGCUGGAUGGUGAUGCCUUCGCCACGUGAUGUCAUGCCCCUCCUAUGUCAUCCAUAACAUAGAGUGGCACUUGUGCUGCCCCCAGUGCACGGGUACCUGUCCUCAGCACCUUCCAGCCACCUUCCCACCUGGCUUUCCUUGAAUGAGUCCCCGGAAGGUUCUAGCCGCAUCCAUUGCUGCGCUGAGUUGGCACUGGAGGCGGAGCCUUGCUGAAAGCUGUCGAUUUAAGCCGAUGACCUCAGGUGAGAUGUUCGUACACGUUGGGACAGUGCUGUGCUUGUGACAUUCACAGACCUGCUCUGUGCAUUCAGUGAUUCAUGCAAGUGUGGAUUUCAGUGAACGCCAGUGUGUUUUUGUUAUGAAAGGUUUAAGAGGACGCGUUUGUGGACUUCAUGUGGUUAAUGUAUGCAUUUUUCCACGUGUUAUGCUUCCUUGGGAUUCAGUUACAGGAUCCUGUGCUUAUCAGAACUUCCUCUGGGGCUAAAGUUCAAGCCCAAUGGCUGACUCAUGCCACACAGUGAUGAUGUGGGGGAACCGGUGACAAAAAGAAUGUGUAAAAUAUCUAUGAAAUGUCGGUGUCGCUCCCUUGCUGGAAUGAGGACCUUCAUCCAGUUUUUUGCAGCCAUCAAUUAAAAGUGCAGUGGAGUGAAUGAUAUGUUUGCUUGGCCGUGUAGAUCCUGCAGAUCCCUUUCAGUGAGCUGGGAUCUGCUCACAUCCUGCUCCCGAUACCUUUCCACUACCCCAAUUACAAUUCAGUUACCCAAAGUCCACUAAUCCACACUUUGUCCAGACACCAAAACAUGACAUGGCUUGUAUGCAGUGUUUGCAUUCAUCUCCUGGUGCGUGUUUCCCAGUGGGGGCAGCCUGAUGCUGAAUGUGCUGUAAAUCUCCCCUUAGCUGCUUCAGUACCAUGUGCGUCUCCAACAUGCGUGCAGCUGUGGCCUGCAGGGUUUGUUUUUAAUAGUAACUCAAACACAGACCACUGUAACACUGGGAUGUUGCCUGUAAUUCUUGGACAAAGUGUAACGCCACUGUCAUACGAUAAGCUGUGUUUAUGGUUCCAAAAUGGUUAUCAGAAAGAGCUUGAAAGCGGGUGUCAGAUUUUUAUGGACAUGAUACCUAUCUUUUUAGUCCGUUUUGACUGUUCCUCUUGUACAAAAUCCUUAAUUUCACAUCGGACUAAAGGAGAUCACAUACAGCUUCUUGCUUUAACUGUUUUGCGUUGAAUGUCUGUAAGGCAAAAUAAAGACUUUUUGGCAAGAGUUC